AUGACCGUCCUCUUUAACCCGCACCACCAACCACCGCCCUCCUGUGCCCCCGGGUUCCACCCUCGGCCGUCUCCCCACCCGUCCCCCAAUGCACCAUUGUCUCCCUCUCCUCCUCGUCCGUCCCCACCUGCUCCCCCUACUCACGCUCCUGGGGACUCCUUUCCCAGCAGCAGCUGUGGCUUGCUCGUGCGCGGCAGCGAGGGGGAGAUGGAAGGCGAAGGAGGGGCAGACAGGGGCGAGCAGAAGUGGGAGGAGCAGGAGGAAACGGUACAGGAACAACGAGCAGGGGAGGAGCAGGUGGGGAAGGAGCAGGUGGGGAAGGAGCGAGUGGCAGAAGAGGGGGGGGGGGUAGGGCAGCAGGAGCAGCAGGAGCAGCAGGAGCAGCAGGAGCAGCAGGAGCAGCAGGAGCAGCAGGAGCAGCAGGGGCAGCAGGGGCAGCAAAGGCAGGCGGAGCAGCAGGAGCAGGAGUGUGGCAGGGAGCAUGGGCCAAACGAGGUGGAGCAACAGCAGGCGCUGGCGGAUAGGGGUCCAAGGGAGUCGGAAGCGGUGUCAGAUGUGGUGUCAGAUGUGGUGUCAGAUGUGGUGUCAGAACCAGUGCCAGUGUCAGAAGCAGCCUUAAAUGAGGCGUCAGAAGUGGUGUCAGUGUCAAAAGAGGUGUCAGAAAAGGUGUCACAAGUGGUGUCAGAAGUAGUGGUGGUCGAGGGGGUGUUGAGCGUAGAACUGGAGGGGGAUGAGGAUACGGGAGUUGCAGUGUGUAGCUCUGGCGUGGACGGGUCUGCACAGUGCAGGGUGAGUGGGGUGAGGGAGAUGGAACAGGUGGUUGCUGGGGUGAAGGAUGGAGGGGAUGGAGACGAGGAGAGGGGGAGGAGAAGCGGCUGUGGAGGUUCAGUGGUUUGUACGGGAGGAGCACAGCGUGAGGAGGGAGGGGCGGUGGUGUGUGAAGGAGGAGCAGGUUUGAGGCAGGUGGAGGGGAGGGAGCAGGAGCAUGAGAAGCAAGAGAUUGAAAGGCAGGAGAAAGAAGGUGCAGAGAUGCAAGGCACUAUCAGGAGUGGUGGGAGCGAGGACAGCAAUGGUGGCAGUGGUGUCGUUGCUGGAAGUGGUGACGACAGCAGUGGAGAAGGCAUUGGGGAUGCAGCAAUAGCCGAACCUGUCUCAGAUGCUUCACCUCCCGAACCUCUCUCAGCUGCUUUACCUGACGAACCUCCCCCAGCUGCAUCACUUGCCGAACCUGAUUCAGCUGCUUCACCUGCCGAAUCUCUCUUAGCUGCGUCACCGGCCACUCCUGUCUCAGCGUCACCUGCCAUACCUGCCUCCUGGGAGCACCACUUUGUGGUGGGAGACAUUACGAGGCAGCGGUUUCUUUUAGAGCAACCGGCCACUCCUGUCUCAGCGUCCCCUGCCAUACCUGCCUCCUCCGCAUCACCUGCCGCACCUGUCCCAGGCUGUGACUGCUGCCCGUGCAGAGGAGGCAACCACCUAGUGGUAUCAGUCGCUGCAGCACCACCAGCAGCAGCGCCACAACAAGCAGUACAGGCGGCCAUCAAGUCGGUUCCCAGCUCCGAGUCGCUGAAUGGCUGGGAGCUCUGCCUGCUGGCACUCGUGUAA